AGUUUGUCCUCAUUUCCUCUGGUUCCUUAUCUUUUCUCCACGGUCCGUCUCUCUAUGUGGAGAAUUGAGCUCAUCUACCUUCAGUCCAGUAAAGAGGAACACACCACCGCUCACCAUGUUCACUGUACUUUCCCUGCUUCUACUGACAGGAGCACACAGCGCGACGGCUCGGAUUCACUCUCUGAAGUAUUUUCUCACUGGGUCGUCUCAAGUCCUAAACCUUCCAGAGUUUGUGGCUGUUGGUUUGAUUGAUGAAGUUCAGUUCGGAUACUAUGACAGCAACACCAUGAAAGUAGAACCCAAACAGGACUGGAUGUUAAAGGCAAUUGAAUUUCAGUUCUGGGAGAGGCACACUCAGCUUGCUUUGAGUCAACAGCCUUGGUUCAAAAACUACAUGGAAAUCCUAAAGGAACGCUUCAACCAAACUGGAGGUGUUCACAUUCUCCAGUUGAUGUCUGGAUGUGAAUGGGACGAUGAGACUGGAGAAGUUAAAGGUUUUCUUCAGUUUGGUUAUGAUGGAGAAGACUUCAUAUCAUUGGACCUGGAGACAAAGACGUGGAUCGCUCCAACACCAAAGAGUGUCAUCACCAAACUGAAGUGGGAUCAGCAUAAAGCUGACCUCGCAGAUAAUAAGAACCUCUACACCAAGGAGUGUCCUUCCUUUAUUAAGAAGGUCCUGGAGCAGGGGAGGAGCUCUCUGCUGAGAACAGAGCUUCCCAGGAUUUCUCUCCUCCAGAAGUCUCCCUCCUCUCCAGUCAGCUGCUACGCUACAGGUUUCUACCCUGACAGCGCCGUGUUGUUCUGGAGGAGAGAAGGGGAGGAGCUUCAUGAGGACGUGUACCAGGGAGAGGUCCUCCCCAACCAUGACGGGACCUUCCAGAUGAGCGCUGACCUGAACGUUUCAUCCAUCUCCCCUGAAGACUGGAGGAGGUACGAGUGUGUGUUCCACAUCUCUGGUGUGAAGGAGGACAUCGUCACCAAACUGGACAAAGACUCAGUCGAGUCCAACAGAGAGAAGCCCAUCAGCGUGACCACCAUCAUGAUCAUCAUCACUGCAGUGGUCGCUCUCGCUGUCGUCAGCGCUGUCAUUGGACUCAUCGUGUACAGGAGGAAGAAAGCCCAAAGUACCUCACCUGCUGGAAAAGAUCCAGGUGCCUCAGAGCCGCUGAGAUCAGGUGAUGGAGGUUCUAAUUCUCCAAGUGAGACGUCCUCCUGAACACAGUUUAUGGACGAGAAGCAGUGUCACCACAGUCUCCCCCUAACGCUGAGUUUUUAAAACUUCACAUUUUCUCAAAGCUGUGAGUUCUAGUGUCCCUGCUCGUCAGGCUCCAGAGGAUUCAAGCAGUUUAUUCCACAUGCAGACGUGAAAUUCUCCAUAUGAACAUUUUAAUACAUUCAUAUCAUCCUGUUGACAACUCACACACUUUACCGUACUCACUCAGUCACAUUCACUCACUCAUACAGUGUUUGUUCUGUCACACGUCAAUCACACACAUUGUCCACGACGCUGUCAGGGGCAGUUUUAGAGUUCUGAUUCUGGAUUAUGGACACUUGGGCAUGCUGACUGGAGUAGCUGGGAAUCGAACCUGUGCUCCUCUGGUUAAUGGACUAUCCGGUCUACCUCCUGAGUCACAGCCGCCAAAACAUGCAGCUGCAGAACCAGAAUUUCUGUCCUGUAUUCAACCUAAACACUAACCUUCAUGACGUUAGGUCACGUUUCCUGAUGAGACAUGUCAUAUCACAAACGUACCAUUUUGUGUUUUGCCAUCUUAACUUCAGCAAAUUUAACUUAGUAGAGUUAGUUGAAGCAAAUACUUUUACAAAUCCAUUAAAAUUCUGUUUAUUAUAUUAUAAUAAAUAAAAAUAAAUAAAUUUAUUAUAUUUAUUAUAAAUCGCAGUCACACAAUUUCAAGUUUUCAUUUUUACAGUGUAGAAGCUGAAUGUUUGAGGCUCAAUUUCUCUUGUGUCAGGUUUUUAUAAAUAAAUGUAAAAUUAAGCUGCUUUGCUUUUUCAUUCCUUUUGUACUUGUGUUUUUAAUAAAGUCUCUGAUGUUCUCUGGGA